UGUGCUCAGUGCCUGAGACUGAUAAGGACAAAGGGUGAUGUGGAAUGUACAAUUGGUGAAGGGCCCAACCAGGCCUCUCCUUGCCCUCCUGCAGCGCACCAGUUUCUCUUCCCAGCUUACUCUAGGACCAGGACCCUCAGCUGUUCUUCCAGGCCUAUGCGACAGCUGAAGGGUAUACAGAGGAGGGGACUUAGGGGGUCCAGGCUGCGCUGAUCACACCCUCAUAGCUGCACUCUAGACUUAGGCUCCCACCCCUCCCCCAUCCCCCAGACGCUCUGCACUAUUUUGGGUGGUGUAGACCCCGCCCCCACUCUGACUGAGUCCUGGCUCUCCCUCUGAAGCUGGAGGGGUCGCCUUGAUCUUGUUGGGGCUACACUUGGGAUCAGGGCUACUAGUCGCAACAGCAGUCAUGUCGGGCCGCACAGUGCCACACGCCCACCCAGCCACUGCCGAGUACGAAUUUGCCAACCCUAGCCGCCUGGGCGAGCAGCGCUUCGGAGAAGAUGAGGUGACCGUGAGGACUGUGGACAACCUGCUAGAGGUGUCUGCCCGACACCCCCAACGUCUGGACCGCCACGGCUUCGUGUCCCGAGAGUUCUGUCGCACCUAUGUCCUGCCUGCAGAUGUGGACCCCUGGCGGGUCAGAGCUGCUCUCUCCCAUGAUGGCAUCCUUAACUUGGAGGCACCGCGGGGUGGCCGGCAUCUGGACACGGAAGUCAAUGAGGUCUACAUCUCCCUGCUUCCUGCACCUCCUGACCCCGAGGAAGAGGAAGAGGUAGCCAGAGUUGAACCCUGACUGCCAGACCCAGAACCCGGUGAAUCCCCUGUCUACCUCCCGUGGUGAUUCCAGAAAUCCACCACACCCCAGAGGGAGCAGCAUUCCUGGGAGAUGGGAUAGGUGCAUGGUCCACAGUGUAUGGUUUGGUCCCUUGAUGAAUCGUAGCCUUCGAUUUAAUUCUGGGUGAGGCUAAAUAAACCAAAAUCUAGGGGC